AUGACAUCUGAUAAUGAUAUAUAUCGUUGGUAUGCAGAUGUAAUUGUUUAUCGAGGAUUUGGUCCAUUAAUAGCUUGUUUGGGUACGGUUGGUGGAAUAUUGUCUCUAUUUGUUUUUCGUCGAAAAUCGUUAAGAAAAAAAUCUUGUUCAAUUUAUUUUUUUUACUUGGCAUUAGCUGAUCUUUUAUGUAUGAUUUGUUGGCUUGUACAUUUUGUUUUACCGACAUAUAAUAUUCAUAUUCUUACUUUGUCGAAUUUUUUCUGCAAAAUAUUUGUAUUUGCCAUGUAUUUUGCUUUUGACUUAGCAAAUUACAUUCUUACUGUAUGUUCGAUCGAUCGUGCGAUCAGUGUAUUAUGUCCAAUUCAAAGUCGUAAAUUUUGUCGUGAACGAACAGCAUAUAUAAUAACAUUUAUAUUAGUCAUAAUUCAUACAAUAUUAAAUAGUCAUUUGUUAUAUGGUUUUGUUGUUUUAUCAGCAAGAACAAUAUCGACUCCUCCCAUUCGAAUAUGUCACCAUCGUGUUGAUUCUGAAACGUAUCGAAAUUUUUUUUCUAUGUAUGAUUCAUACGUUGAUGUUAUUAAAACAAAUGCUAUUCCAUUUAUAAUUAUGUUUGUAUGUAAUGUAAUAAUAAUAAUACGUGUAUGUCGAUCAAAAUCAUUAAUGAAAUUCAAUGGGAAAAAUCGUUGUAGAAAAGCUAAAAAAAGAGUUGAAAAAGAUCGCCAAUUAACAUUGAUGUUACUUGGUUCAGCUAUUGCAUUUCUUGUUUUAACAUUACCAACCGAAAUAAACGAUAUUAUCCGAUCACAUUCACAAGAAAAAGUUGUUACAGAAAAGGCAUAUCUUCUAUCUGCAGUACUUCUUUCACUUGCACAUCUGAAUUAUGCCAUUCAUUUUUAUAUAUAUACAUUAACCGGUGAUGUAUUUCGUCAACAAUUACUUAAACUAUGGUUAAUUAAUGCUGCAUGGCCUUAUAUUGUAGCACUUCGCCGAUGUAAAUUGUCUCCUUUACCAUUAACAAGUGAAACAACUAUGAAUCAACGAACUUCAGUUAGGAAUAAUCAAAGUACUCAAAUGGAUAUGUUACCUUUUUCAAUAAAAAUGAAUGAUGACAAUGAUAGUUUGACAUAA